GAAGAUACGCCUCUGGUGGGGUGGUGGGGGGGAGGAAUGGUGGAGGCACAACAAUCGUCGGGAGAAACGAUCGCGAAGAAAGGGAAACGUUGUCGGCCUCGUUCCAUCGAAGAUGGACAACGUUGGUCGAGUUUCUUUCUGUUAUACUUUCCAUCUUCGAAAGCAUCUCCCUCCUAACUCGUUCCGAUCUAAAAAAUUUAUCCCAUUCUCUAAUAAAAUUCUUCUUGAGCGCGGGAUGUAUACUUGUAAUUGUCUAUUUAAAAAAAAAAAUAAACAAAUAGAAACUAAUAGAAUGAAAAAAAAAAAAGAAGAAAUAAACGAAGGAGGGAAAAUAAGAGGAGGAAAUAUGGAGGACGAUUUUUCCCGGAGAAGAAAAUUUCUAGCUUGGAGGAAGAGUGUAUCUGGCGGAAUUGGAGGCUAAGGUCGAAGCUGUUGGCCAGGCUCCUCGAGCCAGGGGUGGUUUCCCCGAACGCAGUGGGGAAGGGAGGAGCCAUCUUGCGGCUGGUUUCAGGGCAGCCACCAAUUGAUUCAUCCCCACCAGGGUGCCUAUUACCGGGAGGAAGGGGCGUCGAUUCAAUUCCAGGGCAAAAAAACCGUGCACGAGGCGGAGUUCGCCUCGUAAUCCAUCCGUCCCCAUUGGCCGGGAACGGAGUGGCACCCGUGAACCCGCUAUCCGGCCGGCCAAUCGGGUGCCUCUGGGUGGCGAUCCAAACCAGUUUCAAAUCCAUAGACAGAGGGGAGCCGUUGACUUCGCUCGGCAGCCAGAUAGUGCUGUGCCGUUGGCUCGUGCCGUAGUGGUCCUAAACACACUAACAGGUCCUUGCCAGGCCGAGGAAUCCCUGGAAUCCGCUCGUCGCGCGAAUUGGCCGAAUUCGAACCACGCACCCGCCGAAACACCCCUUUUUUGGUGACUGUAAUCUCGUCAGCUGAUCAGUGUUUUCGUGGCCGGCCAAUUGCGUAACCUCAGGUGCGAUCGCAUUGUCCAGGCGUUGUCUUUAACAAGUGUCAUCUCUCUGACUCCAGUGAUUUUGUUUCACCUGUGUUUUGCCGAGAUGAUCCUGUUUCACUUGGUGACUUUUACAAGUUCGGUGCGUUGAGGGAAGAUGAACAUUCGGGACGAGGAUUGGACAGGAUCUUAGACUGAUGGGGUUAUAACCUGAUUUUUCGAUGAAAUUGUUUUCAGUGACCGAGUGAUAAUUGUCGGGAAAUUGUGACGGAGGAAAGGGCCGAUGGAUUGUUGAGAUUGAUACACGAAUAUUGACGAAAUAUCUCUCGAACAAACUGGUAGUUUUAACUGAUCGUUUUAUGGAAUUUAAAAUCGUUGUUGUGAAAUUUAUCGAGGACUUUGGUAUAGAAAGAAAACGAGUAAAAGACUGAAGAGAUUGAGAUUAAAGAUAGCGAAAGAGAGCAGAAAAUUUAUUGAAAUCCUCUCUGCCGAAGAAUCAUUUAAAAAAGCGAAAAAGACUGGUUACCAUAGAUAGACAGAAUUCUCUAAGCACGCUUUCCGACGGCUAUCGACUUGCCACAAUCACGUUAACGCAAUCCGUCUUCACAUCUCCGCGAACCAUUGAUCCCCAACAAAUAUGAACACCAUUUUAUCCGCGUAUCUCUAAAAAUCUUUAAACUCCAUUUAUUCCAACAUCAAAUCUCUCUCGUAUAUAAGAUGUAAACAAACAAAGUGUCUACAAACAGUCCAUAUUCGACAAAAACUUAUCGACAUCGCACGUGUGCAACAAUAAUAUCCCGGGCCCUCGAGAGUUCCAAGAAAAACUUCGCAACACUCGCCGGUUCACAUGAAGCUGAAGGAACCGCGGCCACCUCAUUCGUAGUGCGUCAUCGAGCUCGAAAGGAUAUAGAUGCAAAAUAAGUGAGAUCUCUCCAGUGGAGAGAGAAACAGUCGCCACGUUGGUACCAAACAUGGUCCUGGAGCCAGGAGGUGGUCUGUCCUUCCCACUGCCUCCUGGUAGCGGUUCCGCCGGUUCCGGUGGUUCCCUGCUGACACCGGCCAGGCUGUUCCAGAGGGCGACACCCGUAUUUCCGUUCCACCUGGCAGGAUGGCCACCCCAUCAUCCGGUCCUCGGCCAGGUACAAAGCCAGGUACAGCAGACGAUGCAGGCCCAGCAUCAGGCGGCGGCUGCCGCUGUCAGGUUCCUCAGUCAUCAUCAUCCUCAUCAUCCGCAUCCGGCACUGGGGAACCACCCCCUGGUGCCGGCGAUAACUAGCCACCAUCCGACCGCCCAUCAUCUUCAUCACGGUGCCGAUCACGCCGACGAGGAUGACGAGAAGAAAGGUUGCGAUGGCGAAUCGGACGAAGGUGGAAGCAAGAGGCGAAGGAGCAGGACCAACUUCAAUAGCUGGCAAUUGGAGGAAUUGGAACGGGCAUUUCUCUCGAGUCAUUAUCCCGAUGUGUUUAUGCGAGAAGCUCUGGCUGUGAGACUCGAGUUGAAAGAGAGCGUAUGGUUCCAAAACAGAAGGGCAAAAUGGAGGAAGAAGGAGCACACGAAGAAGGGUCCAGGAAGGCCGGCGCACAACGCUCAUCCUCAAAGCUGUAGUGGCGAACCAAUUCCACCUGAAGAGUUGAGAAGGAAGGAGAGGGAAAGGCGGCAGAAGAAAUUGCUGAAAGCUCUUGAACGACAGCAGAGGAAAUUAGCUGCAAAGGGAAUCACCGUCGACCUCUCGACCCUUCGAGCGGAAUGGGAGUCCCGAAGCGCGGCAGCAUCCGGCGGAAACUCCCUGAACGGAAGCCUGGGAAGCUCUUUCAACCACUUGAGCAACAACAACGAGAGCAGCAGUGUGUCUGGCUCUGGCAACGACGCGAACGAGGAGAUAGACGUUGUCGGGGGUUUGGAUUCUUGCAGCGAGAGCGGCAGCGAGAGGGUCGACUCCACCGCCGAUGGUUCCAUCGAUGGAGAGUGUUACUCGAGACUGGGGAGCAGUGGCAACGAUCAGAACGAUCCUCGAAGAUCGGUGAACCAGGUCGCGGGAAGUCUUCAGAGUCCAAACUCGAGCCUGAGCCUGGACCACUUGAAUCACCAGCAAGGGAUCCAUCAUUGGGGCCUGACCUCUCUCCUCGAGAGAAGGAGAGAGUUGGUGAACAUCAACAGCGCGGGUGGACCACGUCAAACAACGAACAACCCCGGAAGAACAUCGGUCAGGCAACAGACCAGCGAGGAGGAGGUGCAGAGCAGUAGCAUAGACCUGUCUGUGAAAGGGAGGGAGGAGAGGAAAAGGCUCAACCCUUUCUCUAUCGAUAGUUUACUGGGUAAUAACAGAACGAGCACCCCCGGUAUCCACAACGAAUACAGAGCCUCGACGCCCACUCUGUCCAAUGGCAGGGAGUCGAUCAGCCCGACGUCACCGAUCUCGGUUCCAACUUCGCCAUCCACCACGUAGUGAGCCAAGAAUCCGUGUUUCUUCUAUUCGUACAGUGGCCAAUGAGUUAUGGUGUUGGAACACAACGAAGAGUAAGGGCCAGUUUCGCGAGGACAUUUAUUAAGAAACAUUAUCGAGAACAACGAGACGGAAGAUAGAGUUUCUCACUGUUUUAGGAUAACAAUUGUAUUAUCUGUUCUAAAAAAAAAUGGGAACGAGAGUUCCUGAUGGAUCUGAGAGUGAUACAAGGAUUGGAACGUGGAUUCGUUUUUCGUUUCUCGGUGAAAACGAUUGUUGACGAUUUCGUUGACGCCGAUCGAUGAAGUUUGAAGAUGUUUGAAGAUGUUUGAAUUGAGAAACGAUGAGUUUCUUUUGCGAGAGAAACGGUGAUUCGAUCGACGAGAGUUUCCUCUAUCGAGACGAGAGGAGAAAGGAAAGCUUAUAUCAGUUUCGACAUAUCUGCAUCGAGUGCGUGAGUGACGUUGAGACUGCGUGUCACUGCGUGGUUCUGACUUUCUUCUUUUGUCCUGCGUGUUCGAGUGUGGAGAUCGAGACGAGAAUGUGCAAUAAAACACACGGAUGAAUCGUUCUUUUCUUCCCUCUCUUCUUCAAGUGUUACGUUAGAGGGAGAGAGAAAGAGAGAGAGAGAGAGAGAAAGAGAGAGAGAGAGAGUUAUUACGUUAAGUGAGGAUGCGUGUGCGAGAGAGCGACAGACUGCGCGUGUAUUUAAUGUAAAUAGCUCGAAAGUAUGGACGAUUCCGUUUUAUUUAAAUCUGAUUCGUAGCCGAUACCCCUCCCAGUGUUCGUCUGAUUCGCGGAUAUUAUUUAAAAAA